GUGUAGUUUGUGGCAGCUCAUAGUUUUAGGAAAUUCGAGUCUCCACAGCGCCCCUUCGUGUUGACAGUUUCAUUUCGCUCUACCAGCCGGUUGCCCUCGUCAUGUCGUCACCUUUCUCUCAAUCAGCGAUCGUGAUCUUCGUAGUCAGGGACCUCACAUUUGUUAUUGCUUGAUUCAACGGUGCUCUGCUGUAUGUUUAUGCAAUGUUCAUUAAGUUAGUUCAAUGAGUGACGAUGUACACAAACGAAUUUAAACGGAUGCUCUCCAUCUUGCCCAGAUUUGUACGAGAAACUGCGAUUUUCUGUAUCCACCUGAUAUGAUCAUUUUACCUGUUGCUGUCUCUGAUGGACGGAUGAUUGGGUAUGAUAUCCCCAUAGGGUGGAUAGCGAAGGCAGGCGUUGAGUCCUUUCGACACUCUUUCCGUGUGUCAGAAAGGAAUUUUGUUCUGCUACAUCUCUACAGGAAUCUUACCGCCACUAAUUUUGCACACCCAGCACUGGAGGUAGAACUAUUGCCGACCAUGUAACCUUUCAAUGUGCAGACACUGAAGUUAAGGCAAAUCAAAUCUUUCUUAUUAUGAGAGAAGGUUUGAGAGUAUUACCUUAGCGACAAUUAUACAUGAGCCCUGGCAAUGCCGGGACCUCACAAAUAAUCUACUUCUAGAUUCAUGUGUGCUUUGACACUCAGCGAAGGACUGAGGCCGAAGGAGUCUCUAAUCGUCAUAACGGGCAAUCCGAGAAGUGCACGUCGGUAUGAAGCCCUACCAUGCGCGAUUCAGAAUACAUGCAACACAGCGCUGUAAGCAAACACCUAUAUCUAACUUGGGACACGCAAUCAGUGUGAAGCUAGGAUUUCCACAGGCUGAAUGUUGGACCGGGCCCGUCUUCUUCCGACAUCCGAUUGGCGAGAAUGGAUCACAAAACUCAGAUUCUUUAGACGACUGGAUAUUGCGUCCGGAACUCCGGAAUUUGGGAUUAUAGUCAUUGAUCAUGAGUGUACAGCGAACAUUAAAGUCAUCUGAUUAAAGUCAACAAUUCCAACACCACAGCCU